AUGGAUAUUGGAAAAAACGUUGUCCAAGGAUUUAAAACCAAAGAUUAUACUGGGAUAUGUCAUCAUUUUUUGAGAGGCCAAUGCAAAUACGGUGCUGGUUGUGUUCAUAAACACGUUACACCUCAAGAACUUGAAGUUCUUGACACUGAAGAGGUUCUCGUGGACACUCUCGAACGAGACAUUGUCAGAGAAGGUUGUAAAUUGGAUGUAACAGUUACCAGUUGUCUAAGUCCAUAUUCAUUUUAUGUCGUACCAGCAGAAGACAUAAUUCAUCAACAAUCAUUUGACUCUAGAGUUGGAAGAAAUUAUAAAAUUAAAUUGAAAGACGUGAUGUUUUCACUCUCAAGCCAAAAUUUGCGACCUUACCAGCAUUCGCAGUCCACUGUGCCAUGGAAGUGACAUCAGGAUUUUGUG